AUGACGUUGCGGAUAGCUGAGACUGAGAGUCAUGACGACGCCGAACCAUCUUACGAUUUCCCGAACACUUCAAAUAGACCAUCAAAAGCCCUCAAAUUACACACCCAAACCCACGGCGACCCAUACAAGAUGGCGACUGAAAAAUCGGGGAGUCUUACAUCGGUUAACGCGGACCCUUAUGAUCCCGUAGACAAAAAUUACUAUCUGGGGUACCGCCAGAAUGACUUUGACAAACCGUUUGCGAAAUUCUAUAAUUCGGUCACUCCACCAAUUUCCGAUGAACUUCAAAAGGGAUUGUCUGCCAGUCCCUGGGCUAGUGACCUAGGGUACCCGGCCAAAGAAGCCAAAGACUAUCUCCUACAAAAGGGAUACCAACUUAUGGAGAAUGGGUAUACGAUACUACAUGACAAGACACUUUUCAUCGCCGCGCGAACGGAGAUCCCAGAAGUAACCGGUGACAUGUACAACUGGUGGUUUGGCUGGCACUUGACAGACACAACAAGAUACAAACUGUGGAAUCCAAUUGCACACCAGUAUGCCUGGAGACAUCCUAAUACACUUGAAUGGUCUACGGAAGACCUACCAAGUCGUUAUAUAGGCAGUUAUUCCUUCAUCUCGGAAUUCAUCGGAAAUGACGGCGGCAAGCUGACGAUCGCCUUCAUCGAUCCCGCAGAACUGGGAAUUGACAAAAGAAAAUUCGACGACCAGGGGGUCGAGGCGAUGGUUGUUGGUCAUAUCCACAUUGGCGCGCAUAUCACAUCGGGAUUUGAUGACCAAUCUUACCUGAUUCAUCAAGUCCGGCGCAUGAGUAAUGGCCGACGGGAACUUCGAUCGCGAUUCUGGAUCGCGGGAGCAUCUCCCCAAGUCGGUCAUGACUUGAUGGUACACUGUGGGAUCGAGAUGUCGCAUCUCAAUACCUUCUUGCCAACGCUUUACGAUGAAUUCAAACAUAGCGUGUAG